UUAUAUUUGAAAGCAAUUUAAAUUACAUGAUUUAUUAAUUUCAAAUGUAUUAUUUAUUUUCUAUAACUUUGAUCAGGCCACUUAAUGCAAGCCUUUUAUCACCUCAAACUUAAAACACAAUCUCACUUCACAAAUACAAAUACUCCAUAACAUAUUAAAGCCAGGUAUCAUUUUCAUUUAAAUAUUAGACCUCUACCAAGUCCAUAGGCGGAAGAAAUAGAAACAUUUAGUUUAGAUGAUUCUUGGGAUAGUAAUAUAUCACCUACAAAUAAAAAAACAUUCAAAGUUGAUAAACCAAUAUUAGUCAUUGAAUAUUUGGAUUGCAAAUUAAGAGAUCAAUUUUGAGCUUUGUAUUAGUAUUUAAAAUAAC